CGCAUGCGCCCAUUUUAGUGGAAUUGUGUAAAUAUUGUUUCAGAAGUUUACUUUUUAAUGAUCUUUCUUCCACUUGCUUUACUAUCGUUGUGGUGAAGGGAAGAGCAUAUAGCCAUGGCUGCGCUUUGACAGAACUGCAAAUAUUUUGAAUUAUGGGCUAAUCGUGAAAAUCGGUCGGUUCUAGAAAAUACCGCUAAAGUUCAGUGUGGCUCCACAGUACGACAUUUUUUUUAAACCUUUAUUCGUGGGAAUCUCGAUUCGAAAACGCAUUGCCUGCAUUUAGACUUACUGCUGAAUGUUUACAUUUACACUACACUUGAGGACUUUCUAGGAAUCAACCUUCUGAGAGUGGCAGAGGAUGCUUUCAGUGUCAGAGCCCCAAGAGUGACAUUUUACGGGAGGAUUAUACUUAUUUUCUGUAUUUUUUUCUUAGGCAAGCCUAGGAAUCUAGUAUUAAUGAAUCAAUAUGGGUUGCCUGUGCAGUAAAGACCAACGUAUUGAGAAGGCACGUAAAGAAUCAAACAAAAAGAUUAAUAAACAGCUGCAAGAAGACAAGCAUAAUAACCAAAUGACUUGCCCGCGCCAGUUGCUGCUGUUAGGAGCUGAUGAAUCUGGGCAACGCACGAUAGUAAAUCAGAUGCGCUGUUUACAUGUGGAACCCACUGCACAGGAGAAAAUGCAUUACAUACAAAACAACAGUAAAAAUGCUUCAGGGAUGUCCGAGACAUUUUUCGAGAUGGAUGGUAUCCAUUUUCAUGUAUCUAAUGUUAGAGGUCAGAGGUACGAAAGCAGAAAGUGGAUGCGGUGUUUUGCUGACGUAUGGGAUGUUAUUUUUGUGGUGGACAGCAGCAGCUAUGACAUGGUGAUUCAGGAGGACAGCCAGACCAACGGGCUGCAGGAGGCCCUGAACCUCUUCAAGAUCAUCUGGAACAACAGGUGGCUAAGGACCCUUCCUGUCUGGGUCUUACUGAACAAACAGGACCUCCUAGCAGAGAAGAUUUUGGAGGGAAAAUCAAAAAUGGAAGAGUAUUUCCCAGAAUUUGCACACUACACUAUGCCGGAAUUUUCAACACCAGUACCAGGGGAGGACCUUCGUGUCACCAGGGCAAAGCACAUACAUGAUGAGUUUCUGAAGAUCAGUACAGCAGGCCACCAAGACGAAAGGGACUGUCAUCUGGUUUUCACCUGUGCAGUUGACACAGAAAACAUCCGACUCUUCUUCCGUGUCUUGACAGAUAGCCAGCUUGGUAGAUUUUCGACACUGAGACACUUAUUUUUCACCGACUGAGACAAAUUUCAAUGAUUUGAUUACUUGAGACUUAGUUACCUUGGCAUAAAAUAAAAUAACUUGAGAUUUGACUUUGGCAGUGUUCCAGGCCAACUACAUUGCAGUUGCCAGAUCUCACAAUGCCUGAAUAGGUGUUGAACAUAUCCACUAACCACAUCAUAUAAUAUAGCACUCUGACUGCAAUGUUGAUGACUGCAAUUUAUUCGCCCUGGAACAUGGCCUACGUCUUGUAGACUCCUCUGACAUGAGAUACUUAUGAGUUAAAAUAUUUUUAUACUGUUUUGUUACUCACUGUGGCAUAUAGUUUUCUGAAAUAGGACCGCAAACCAAAGCCAAUUUGAGUAAACAGAACUAACCUUC